UGAAUGACUUCUUUUGCCGCUAAAACUGAAUUCGCCCCGGAUUCCACAUUGCCGAGCUGCCUUUAUGAGUUGGAUAAGAACAGCUGGAGAUAAGUUCAGUGUUGCUCAAACCAGCAGCAGAAAAUGGGAAUAUCUGGACUAUUACAGUUCCUCAAAGAUGCAGCAGAGCCCAUCAGUGUGAAGAAAUACCGAGGCCAAACAGUUGCUGUGGACACAUACUGCUGGCUGCAUAAAGGAGCAUUUUCAUGUGCUGAGAAGCUCGCUAAGGGAGAACCAACUGAUCAGUAUGUGUGGUACUGCAUGAAAUUUGUGGACAUGCUGCUGACCUUCGGUGUCAAACCAGUGCUGGUGUUUGAUGGACGCAAUCUGCCUUCCAAACGGGAAGUGGAAAAGGCUCGCAGAGAGCGCAGAGAAGCUAACCUUCAAAAAGGCCGACAGCUGCUACGUGAAGGGAAACUGUCUGAGGCCAGAGACUGUUUCACCCGCUGCGUUAACAUCACACCAGCCAUGGCUCAUAAUGUUAUUAAGGCUGCCAGGGCCAAAGGGGUGGACUGUGUGGUGGCUCCAUAUGAAGCUGAUGCUCAGUUAGCUUACCUCACUAAAUGUGGCUUGGCCCAGGCUGUCAUCACAGAAGACUCUGACCUGCUGGCAUUCGGCUGCAAAAAGGUGAUCCUCAAAAUGGACAAGCAGGGCAACGGUCUGGAGAUAGACCAAAGUAACCUCGGCCGCUGUCGCACCCUGGGGAACGUUUUCACAGAGGAGAAGUUUCGGUACAUGUGCAUCCUCUCUGGCUGCGACUACCUGGCCUCCCUGCACGGCAUCGGCCUGGGCAAGGCCUGCAAGCUGCUGCGGCUUGCCAAAGACCCCGAUAUUCUCAAGGUGAUCAAAAAGAUGGGCCAGUACCUGAAGGCAAAUCUAGUCGUCCCUGAAGAAUACAUCGAGGGAUUCACCAGAGCCAAUAACACCUUCCUCUACCAGCUGGUCUUCGAUCCUGUCCGGAGGAAGGUCGUACCUCUCAACCCCUACCCUGAGAACGUUGACCCCGCCACCCUCAGCUACGCUGGACUUAAUGUAGGAGAUGACAAAGGCUUGCAGAUGGCCUUAGGAAACCUCGACAUCAACACAAUGGAGAGGAUAGAUGACUUCAACCCAGACAAGCCCAUUCCACAGCGAUCUAAACCUCGCAGUCAGCACUGGAAUGACUCACCAGCCCCCACCGGGCCUAGUAUCUGGAGUGGAGGCAUCAAGCCAGCCCCACCUGCCCCGGUGUGCUCUGCUGCUUCUCCAGACAGGCCUCCCUCCACCAGGGGGAGGGAGAGAGUCAUCAGUCUAGAAAAUCUGAAUUUGCCCUGUAGAGAGCAGCAGGUGAAGAGACCAAGAAUAGACUCUGGUACAUCAGACCAGGACAUGCUGCAGCAGUACUCCACCCCGAGUCAGAAACGAUCCAGGUCAGACCCCCAGCCUGACAAGCCCACGUUAACCUGUCAGUCCCGACCACGCAACCGCUUUGCCACCCUGCUCCAGAGGAGGAACCAGGAAGCAGAGGAGGACAGCCAGACCACAUGCAGCAGAUUCUUCACCAGUUCCAGUUCAGCAGCCAGUCUGGGCUCUAAGGAGUCUCCUCAGGAGGAUCUGUCUCAUAGUGUGGAGCCCACAGCUGUUAGUCCCACUCAGGACAAGUCCUCUCCCGGCACCCAGACCAAUGACAGCGAUGGUCCCAGUGUUCCAUCUGUGGACACCCCCAGCCCACCAAACACUACAUCACCCAGUUCAGCCAGUCAGGGCCUCAGGUUGUUCCACUGGUCUGGUAGCUCCUCUUCCAUGGACCAGUCAGAAACUCCUAAGUCCACCUCAGGCUUGGCUGCCUUGCAGCAAUUUCAGUAUAAGAAGGAGAGUUUGUCCUCUUCUUCAAAGACCCCUAGACUCUCUGGAGACGCAUCGUUGUCAUGUCCACCCUCCACUGAUGGAAACCCAGAGGACAACGGCGACCUCCCAGACUCCCUUUCAUCUGAGGACAGCGCCUACUUCUCCCAGUCUCACCUUAUAUCCUUCCAUAAAGAGGAAGUCUCCCCCUCCUCCUCCAUCCAGGAGGAUGCAGUAUGCGAAAUGAAUUCACAGCAAGAUUCGGAGUCGGAGCAGAGUCCCCCACACACAACUAACGCAGAUAAGAAACCCGGCCUCCUGAGAUCAAAGCUUUCAGGUCUGUCAAAGUCAAAGUCCAGGAGCCAGGGUCAAACAGCAAAGGUGCUAACGUUGGGUCCAGCCAGGGCAAGCGGACUAAAGAAGAAGUCUGCGGGUUCUGGGAAGAAAGCCUGCCCCCCCAAUAAUGAGAACAACCCCGGUGUCCAGGCCACCAUCAGCAGUCUCUGGAGGAACUUCAGCUUCAAAAAAGAUACCCAGAAGAUGAGUCCCUGCAGCGAGCCAAAGCCCAUGUCUCCAGUCAAUGACAACGUGCUGGCCAUCACGUCCCCUCAGAGGGACAUGAACCUAAUCACCGGCUUCUCAUAGAUGCUUUGAGUGUUUGGACACAGCGCUGAGCGCUCUGUGUGGCACUGAAGAUUUUAAACAUACCAUGUAUGUCAGUCACUUCUCAUCAACUUGUAUUUGUUUAUGUGUAGUUUUAAAUAAAGUAACUUCCUUCUGA